AUGAGUUCUUCCCCUUGCGCUUGCGCUUCUAAUUCAACGAAUUGGAGCAUUGAUUAUGGAGGUACCAUGCUUUCAAAUUCAAAGCGAAUCAGGUCCGCACAAUUCGCCAUGCCACUCUCAGUUUCUGCUUCGAGAAGAUCCACGGCGCUUCUCAUUUCGUCGUUGCCUUUCACCUUCCUUUUCCUCUCUCCGCCAGCGGAAGCCAGACGCAACAAGAAGACAAUCCCCGAAGAGGAAUACAUUACAACUCCUGAUGGAUUGAAAUACUAUGAUUUGGUUGAGGGAAAUGGUCCAGUAGCUGAAAAAGGAACCACCGUUCAGGUGCACUUUGAUUGCUUAUAUCGCGGGAUCACAGCUGUAUCCAGUCGAGAAUCUAAACUCCUAGCGGGAAAUCGUAUCAUUGCUCAGCCGUACGAAUUCAGGGUGGGAGCUCCUCCGGGAAAGGAAAGGAAACGGGACUUUGUUGACAAUCCAAAUGGUUUAUUCUCUGCUCAAGCAGCUCCCAGACCUCCACCUGCUAUGUAUUCAAUAGUGGAAGGAAUGCGAGUUGGUGGAAAGCGAACUGUGAUUGUUCCUCCUGAAAAUGGUUAUGGACAAAAGGGAAUGAAUGAGAUCCCGCCUGGAGCUACAUUUGAACUCAAUGUUGAGCUUCUGCAAGUUGUAGUUACCUGA